ACCUCACCUUCCUAGUGCAUUUAUGCAGUUAUAUGAUGUAAUCAACCAAAUAAAGCCUAAAUUGGAUAAAGAGGCUCUAACAUCAGUAACGUCGACUUCUACUCCGCAAACAACAUUGGGCAACAACUUUUUAAUGCAAACACCGUUAGUGAAUAACAUCAACAAUGAAAGCUGCAGUAAUGCGGUAUCACUCUUAACUUCCUCUCCUAUCCCAUCAUCAUCAUCAUCAACAUCGGGGAUGUAUCCACCACAGUCGCAAGAUCUUCCAGGCAUUCGUCAACCUUAUGAUAACCCUAUUAAUCUCUUAUCUUUUAAUCAAAGAAUAACUUCAGUGACUGAAAUGAAUAAAAAUCAAUUCAAUUUAAGUUUACAACAAAUUCCAAAAUUCAAUGGUAUCAAUAAUUUCCACCCGAAAGUAAUUAAUAACAAUAGCGAUAACAGUAACAACAGUGAAAAUAAAAGUAAUAAUCUAGAUCCAGUGACUAUGAUGAAUGGAAACGCAUCGACUACACAACCAUCAUGCUUUUCAUCAUCAAUUAAUAAUUCAAUGUUCAAUGGGAACAAUUCAAAUUUGGCGGGUUUUUCUUUACCGGAAAAUACAAAUUGUAAUCUAUCAAUGUUUUAUAAUACUACUACAAUAACAAAUGUUAAUGAUAAUAACAGUAAUAACUUUAAUGGUUUUCAUGAUAAUGAUACAAAUAAACAAUCUUCAGAUGUGAAUCAUUCUAAAAUUGGCGCGUUUAAUUUAAAUCCUAGCGCUACUGAACUAGUUAAACAACACUUUACAUCACUAUCAAAGCUGACAUCAGGUUCGCUAAAUUUAAACAUGAAUAUUGAUGAUGGUAAUAAUAAUAAUAAUAGUAAUAGAACGGCUGCUGUGACCACUACUCCUCCAGGUAGUACUUCCGACACUACAGAUACUACUAACGUUAGUAAUAGUAGUAGUAUAAUCAAUUCAAAUGAAAUUGACAACCAAAUGAAAGAUACUGUCAACUCAUUGAAAUCGUUAACGCCUAUUUCUAAUCAAAAUAAUUUAAUGUCAACAGAAUUAACUGGACAGUACCAGUUGAAUCGUCAUCAUCCACAGACGUAUUAUUAUCCACUGAGUCAACAUAAACAACAACAAACAUGCCGUUUAUUGAAGAGGAAAGAUUACAAUAAUAUAGAACAAAAAUAUAAAAAUAUUAAAUUGACAUAUUCAGAUAAUUAUGAAAAUAAUAAUAGUAAUAAUAAUGGUGAGGCAGAUGAGGCGGAUGAUGAAGAACUUGAAGAAGGAGAUUUUGAUAUUUCCCAACGGUCAAAGUUCAUACAACAUGAACAUCAGCAGGUUCACAUAAAAUCGCAUCGAUCAACCAAAUCAAAUCCUGAUCUAUUAAAUGAUAAAUCCGCUUCACAUAUAAAACGACCAAUGAAUGCUUUUAUGAUAUGGGCAAGAGAUGAAAGACGAAAAAUUCUCAAGGCAUGCCCUGAUAUGCACAACAGUAGUAUAUCAAAAUUUCUUGGUGCUAAAUGGAAAUCUAUGACUUCUGAAGCUAAACAACCGUAUUAUGAAGAACAAGCUCGACUGAGUCGUCAACAUAUGGAAGAACAUCCUGCCUAUCGAUAUAGACCACGUCCAAAACGUACAUGUAUAGUAGACGGUCGAAAGCUGCGCAUAUCUGAAUAUAAAGAGCUAAUGCGUUCCCGUGGUGAUUCAUCAAGGAGACAAUGGAUUGGUUCAACAGAUGAACAGGCACAAAAAAUUGUUGAAGAUAUUUUAGAUAACACAUUUUCAUCCAUACCACACUUGAGUCCAUCAUUAAGCCCAUUAACUGGAUAUGAUGGCGACUCAGUAUCUUCCAAUAAAGAUGAAAAUUCAACUUAUAACAUCAAUAGUAAUAAUAAUAAUAAUGAUAAUACGUCAAACAUUUAUGCAGAAAAACCUUUAGAUAAUAAAAUAUCGCAAGAUAAUCACGAUGAACAUCAGCCCGACGAAGAGAUGGAGGAAGUCGACACAGAUGAAAGUACAGCUGUGAAAAUUACUCAAAAGAUUGAGAAAUCAGAUGUCAGUAAUUCUCCUACAAUUUCAGAUGAACAACAUCUACACGCAGAAGAUGAAGGCGAGAAGAAGAUGGAGGAGAAGGAUAUAAUGUCAUCGAAGGAGGAAUCCAAUCAGGACAAUUAG